UAGCACGAACCAAUGAAAGAGAAGAGCGCGAGGGAAAAACAUGGAGGCUAAACUGACCCAAAAUAGUUCCGCUGCAGUUGGAAAAAGCAAACUAGGGAAUUAAUGUUGUCAUUUAGUGCGAUUACGUUUCAGAAACACUGUUCAUGUAUUAAUUUUAAAAGUCUCAUUUGCUUAAACAACGAAUGUUAAACAUUUAGCCGUGAAAUGUCACUGAGUGCAUCGUGUGAAUCCGUCUCUCAGAAAAGGACGCUAUCGAACCUCCUCGCUGGUCGUGUGGUGAAGAGGCCGAAGCAGGAAGAUGGUCAGCGGCUGCAGAAGGCGACGUUACAGCUGUUGGAGCAGCAGCAGAACCUCUGCAGUCUGCUCAGGGAGGUCGGGAAUCCAGAUUUGUGCAACAUUUUUCACACUCCGAAUGGAGAGGAGAAACAGGCAGGGUCUGAAGGCAUCUCAUCUGCCAUUGCAGGCUCACUUGUGGUGUGUGAGCUGAGGCGUCAGGCCUCGCAGCUGGGUGUCCCAGUGGCAGUGCUGGCAGUGAAGAUGGUGCUGGAGAGACUGAUGGAGAUCACUGGACCUGAGGAAAUGAAGGAUGAAGAUGACAAGAGGAGAGAGCUGCUCCCUUUCGCUCAGCGAGUCCAGCUGUGUGUUCUGCUCGAGUCCAGCAGAGAACUGUUAUCACAGGGAGCUUUCUGCCCUAAAUUGUUCUGGCAGGAGUUCAGACGAGAUCAGAGGAUACCCAAGCUGGAGGUGGUGUACCAUCUUCACUUUUAUAAUAUCCUCACUCUGAAAUACAUUUUAGAGAGUGAUGAAGGAGUUAGGUUGUGGUUGGUGUCUCAGCUGAAGGCUCUGUGCAGCUGGACACCUCCACAAGGAGAAGACGAGACCAGACAAGUUCAACAGAAAGUGUUGACAACUGUGGUUGGAGUCUUGGUGGGAACUGGCUUUGAGCUGAGCGUUGAGUCAGCAGCUACAGACAAGAGGAUCUCCCUGCUCUGCUGCUCAGUGCUGGACGACAUGCUCUUCUGGUUUCUGGACACUGUGGAAAAGAGCCUGACGCUGCAGAGUGCUGGAGCAGGAGUCGAGCUAUGGAUACAGAUCUUUGAUGCUUCUUUGUGUGGAGUGUCAGCGUCAGCAGACACCCUUCAGUGUUUCUUCACACACUCCCUCACACAGACCCUCACGUACAAGCCUCGACUAACAGUUUCAGAUGCCAUCGCUCAGCAGAACGAGUGGACCUUUGCAAAAUCCAGCCGACUGAUGACCUCUCUUUUCCGUAAGCUGGCUGUGAUAUUCAGUGUGGAGCAGCUGCUGUCUCACCUGCAGCAGGUUUUGGAAACCCAUGAGGUUAACUGGAAACACGUCCUGUGCUUCCUGUCCACUCUGCUGGUUUACAAUCCAUGUGCCCAGUCCAGCCUCAAAGAGCUGCUGGCCAGACUGCUGACUUCUGCAUUUGAAGGCUACGACCUGGAGAACGUGAUAACUGCAUUCCUAUUGGCUCGACAGGGUGCGCUGGAGGGACCCGGCAUCUUCCCUUCCUACAGCGACUGGUUCAAGAUGUCUUUCUGUGGAAGCAGCGGCUACCAUGCAGCCAGUAAGAAAUCUCUGGUGUUUCUGCUGAAGUUCCUCUCAGACCUGGUGCCUUUUGAACCCUCACAGUACCUCAAGGUUCACAUCCUGCACCCUCCAUACGUCCCUGUGAAACACCGCAGCCUCUUGAUGGAGUACGUCUCUCUGGCCAAGACCAGACUGGCAGAUCUCAAGGAGUCGGUGGAGGACAUGGCCUUAUAUGAAGACGUUUCUGGUGCAGGUGGAGCAUCAGUGCAGUGCCAGGCUGUCCAGGAUGUGGAGAAGGCAGUGUCUCUGUUUGAGAGCACAGGAAGAAUCCCUGCCACAGUCAUGGAGGCCAGUAUUUUCCGGCGGCCGUAUUUCAUAACACGAUUCCUCCCCGCUCUGCUGACAGCGAGAGUGCUGCCCGUGAAAGCAGAUCCUCGGAUGAAUUUCAUAGAAGCUCUGAAAAAAGCAGAUAAGAUCCCUGCUGCACAGUAUUCAGCUUAUGUGGAAUCCUGCCAGAAACAGAGGCAGCAGGAUUGCAGCUUAGUGUGUUUGACCACUAGUGAUGAUCCUUUGGAGGUCCUGAAGAUUCAUCUGCAGGAAUUCACAGAGCUGCUUGUCAAGGGAAAUGACGGAGAGAUGUCAGCCCAGCUGUCCAGGAUCUCACACACUUUGAGUGUCGUCUUUCCUGGUCGUCCUGAUGAGCCGACUGGACGGGCAGUAAUCACGCUUGACAUAAGCACUCCUCCAUCCUCUGAGCUCCACUUCAAAGUCGUCAACAUGAUCCUGAGAAGCUUUUGCCAGUGCAUGUUAGAUGCUUCCCGAGCUAACCCUCCUAACAAGCAAAACCUGUGGGCCUCCAGGUUUGUCAGCGUGCUGCUCGGGAACACAGAGCUCCUCUCCAGCCUUAUACACAGACUCUGGGACCUGUUUCAUAACCAGGGAUCGUCAUUGAGCGGCGCCCACUUACUCGGUCUGACAGCGUUUGUGGUCCACCUCCACGCCUCCAUGUCGCACAGUCCCUUAGUUCAGCUGGUCCCACCCGUUCUGCUUCAGCCGGUACCUGUUGGAGAAGCUCUCAGCUCUGCGCUGGUCUGCAGCACACACACCAACAUGGUCUUCUGUGUCAGGUUGUGUGUGGCAGCUGUGUGUUAUGGGCUGUGCAGAGGGGACUCACUUCCUCAGCAAGAACAGCAGGACUACAUCCUCAACAGCCUCUACAAGAAGCUUCUGUACCUCAUCCCAAGACUGUUGCCUGAAGCCAGAAGAGCUCCCAUCUCUGCUGGUGGUCCAGUUGCUGAAUACCAGGAGGAGAGCCUGCCCGGCCUGUGGAGCAGCGCCACAGACGCCGGCAGCACCUGGAGGAAGACCGCUUGGUGUCUGUGGAGACACCCUGCGUUCCGUCUGCUGGGAGACAUACCACAGUAUCAGCUGCUGCUCUCAGAAUGGCUCGCUAAUGAGCUCAGAGUACACAGAAGUGAAGACGCCCUGUCAGACCCAGAACGUCAGGAGUACCAGCAGUGGGCCUGCCUCGAACUCUACCUGCCUCGACCAGAGGAGCAGGGAGGCUGUGGAGGAGACAUGAAGAAGCUCUGCUCUCAUUUGCUUAAUGCUGUCAUGGAUCAGCAUUUAAGCAAUCAGACCCUGGGAAAACUAGACAACAGAGUGUCAGAAACUGGGACCUGUCUGCCAGACAUCCUGUCCAGAGUACAGGAACUUGUCUAUGAGAUGGAAGUGACCGACCUGUCUGGCAGAAGCAGAGCUGAUGUGCAUGACUUCCUGUUUGAUUUGGUGUCUGAGAGAUGCUUGUCCACAGUGACGUCAGCUUCACCAAGCAUCAGCACCAAGCUGAGCCUGCAACACACUGUGAACACAUGGAACAGAGUACUGCUGGCUCUCCCAGCGGUGUUAUUCAUUAAGGUAAAGACUGAAGGAGGAAGGACGAGUCUGGAGUGUAACCAGCUUAUAGAACAUGUCAACCAGCAUCAGAGGAACGUGUGCUCCCCAGCUGGCUUGCUGUCCUGCCAUCUAACAGCACACUUCCUGAGAGGCAUGUUAUCUGCCAGUGUACGUUGUGGACGUUCAGCAGAAGAAGUCAACAAAGCCUGGUCUCAGAUCAGUUUACGCUGUCCUCUGCUCCUGGUCUCCACAGUGCACUGGUGGGAGCAUCUGUCUCCAAUGCUGUUGUCCCUGUGGCGUCGUCUAUGUGAUGUGGAGCCUGUGCCAGAGCAGCUGCAGCUCCUCAUUGGCUGUCAGAACUGGGCCUGCAGUUUAGAGGAGGGCCCUUUGUCAUCGCCGGUGCCUGCAGCCACGGCUCUGCUGCUGGCUGCCAGCCUGCACCGAGCCUGCCGAUGCCGUGGGUGCGACAGCUUCAGUGCUGCUCUGAAAAUGCUGCAACCAGAGAUGGACAUACAGCACAGACAGGUGCUAGUUUUUCUGCUUUUCCUGUGUGUAAACGACUAUCUGUCAGCACUCCUGUAUCCUCAGGGGAAGUGCCAUCACAGAGCCAGGACUUUAUGCACAGACCUCCUGCUCGUCUUGGUGGACUUCCCUGACUGGCUGCUCAUCUUUAAGUCAAACACUCUAGAGCGAGGUGUUUACCAGUCGAUUACAAUGGUGACAUCAGAUGAGUUUACUCGACUGAUGCCUUGGGCUUUUUACAGCCUGCUGCUCCAGCUGAGUGCCGACCUCCAACAGAGAGCUGUGUGUUGUCCAGGGUUCCUCCAUACUGCUGUCCUCUGCUACAUCAGUCUGCUGCAGCUUUUCCUGGAUGGACACACACUUAGACCAACCAGUGAACGCACUGACAGUCAGAUGGAGCCUUUUCAGAUUCUGAGCGAUGCCAAGCAAUUUCUUCUGAGAGAGAUCUCGCAGUCGUCUCCAGCGGCUUUGUCCCCCGGCCAACUCAGACAGCUGGAGUCCCAGUGUGCAGACCUGGACCCAGAGGUGGCAGCAGCUCUUUCUGUGCACCUUGAUUCUCACAGCCUCAGCCCAGAGAUGGACUUCCUCUGAACAGCUGCAAACUGACAAUGAGGUGGAGAAACUGAAGUGAACUGGUUUCACGGUCUGAGUAACGGUAACUUAAUAUACAGCCGUUACUUCAUUUGUUCUGAUGUAACACAAACUCAUACCUGUAGUGCCAUUUAUCAAAAUCACUUCACUGUUCAUAUUUUACGUAAAGUUUAAAAAACUUUAGACACUCAGCUUUGUAAAAAAAAAAAAAAAAAAGUCUACAUUUUAUUGACAUGUCUUUUUGUACAUAUUGCACAAAGGACUUUAUUAUACACAUGUACAUCUGAAGCCCUUUUCACUGUUUACAAUACAGAGAUACACUCUUAAACAGA